AUGGCGGCGAAUAAAAUGGUGAACGGUAUUGCCAGUCAAGCUGCGGAAGCGAAAAAAAGAAUGACUAAGGAGGACGAUGAAGGGUACGGUGACUUUCUAAGUUUGUCAAUAUUACGUGCCAAAUUCGCGAAAUUUAUACGCGAAAAUAAUUUUAAAUUUAUUUGCAGCGCCGCGCGAAGGGGUAUGAAAUUUCCAGGUUGUAAAACCUGAGUUUUCCCGCUGUGUUUUAGCGUGUGUUUAAUUUUUUGUGAAUGUGUACUGUGGUUAUACGGUUCAUACACUUUUAUAUAUGUAUUCGAAAGUUGUUUGAGAUGCUUGUCGCGUCCGUGUGUCUCGCUGGUUGCUAAACUUCCCUUUAUUGUUUUUAUUUCACAGCAAGCUCUUUGUGGGCGGACUUAGCUAUGAAACUACGAAAGGUGACUUGAUGUUUCUUCUUUAAUUUUUCCCUACUUUUGAUCAAAUGUACAAAGUUUUAAAUUUAUGUAGAAUGUCCCUGGGAAGCCAGCUGUGUUAAAAUACGACGUUUUAUUCCUUUCAAUUUCAGAAACGUUGACGGACUAUUUUAACAAUUUUGGUGAAGUUAUUGGCGUGGAAAUUAAAAUGGAUGCGUUAACUGGUCGUUCAAGGUUUGUUCGCCGUUUGUACCUCUGUUGUACUGGGUCGCCAAGUCUUCAACUAAAUUAACCACCGAAAAUAUACUCGUAAUAUUUGUUCUCGACAAUAUAUUCUUUUGUACUCUUUUCCACGUGCGCGGCUGUCUCAAGGGUACAUUUAUAAUGAAUGGGAAAAAUCAGCUCUGGUUUUCACACCAUCGUGUGACAAAACACGCUGCUUUAUUGAGUAACUAUUAAACGUUCUUAACGCCUCCGGAGAAUGAAUGUUACGAGUUUUGUCGACCGAGGAAAAUUAAGAAGUUGAUCCUAUAAAGUCACGCGAAGGGAGUCCGUAUUGAAAGAUACACGCUGGUUUGUUGUCAUCUCUCAAACAAUUCAAGUAAAAAGAACAUUCUCAUAACAGACCACCAGUGUCUCUUUCUCACUUUAAAUACCCCCCUGUAGCGAGCCAUUUUCGCGGUCAGUUCUUCGUGUAAACACGUACAUGCGUUUAAGCACGCCAUUACUGGUCGACAUAUAACGAAAGACGAUCAGCGUGCAAUUUGAGGCGCCGGAUGAAGUUGUUUUGUCUCUUGAACUGUCCUACUUUUGUUUUCUAUCCUCUCGAUCUGAUUAAUAUUUCUCGCAAAUGGUCGAUUUCCUUUCAACGCUCCCCGGUGAACGGCCGAAAACGAUAAAUUAUCUCGAAGUUGGCACUGGCAUGUGAACGUGAAGUUCCAAUGCAACUGCGUUCUCUGGCCGUAUGAUAGCAUUAAAUUAACCGACAAGCGUGUUCUUGAACUAAUUUAUUGUUUAUUUUCUUUCAUUUUAGGGGUUUCGCAUUUGUACAGUUUAAGGAUCCGAAACAAGCUAACGCGGUAAAGUUCCCAUUUUAUAAAUUGUUAUUAACAAGGUCAUGAAUAAUGCUGCUGCUUAUUUCCAAAUCACUUCUCAGGCAGGCAUGCGGUAAUUUUUUCCAAACAUUAAAGACAAUGAGUGAGGCGUUGCGUUGAGGGCUCGAAAGUGGCUUAACAUAUUAUUCAAACUUUUGAACAGAAGCUACAGGUUUUCGCUGCGGAUUGUUGUUUUUCGAAAAGUGUGGCGGGUUGAUAUUCUCUGUUAGUCGGGUGGCUUAUUUUUCCCAUGACUGAAAGUCAGGACAGGGUAAUAUUUUUAAGUGGCAGUCGACCAGUCACUAAGCGACAACGAAUCGUGAUUUUGUAUUGCUUCUUUGAGGCAGAUAUGAACCUUGUCAGCUAUGGUCACAAAGCCGUGACAAGCCGACCAAUCGGCUUAUUCUAACCCCUCUGGUAAUAUUGAGUUAUGAAUAUUAAGUUCUGAUGAUGCAGAUUUUUUGGAGGGCUUUUGCUACUUUUCCUUGCUUGUUACCAAGAAAUGGAAAUUGAUGUGGCCCGUGGAAUGUGAUAGCCUUGGAAAUAGGACAUUUAGAAGAAUAUCCGUAGUUUACAUUGGGGAAAGUGAUAUAAUUGGUUGCAUGACUGAAAUGAAAAACAAGGAUAAACUAACUUAUUAAUAAAUAUGAGCUGCUAGCAGUCACAAUACUUAUUUAGAGCUGAUGACGUUUACAGCAAAAACUUAUUUUACUUGCAAAACUUAUGCUUUAGUGGAAAAUUAAUGGAACAGGUGAAAUUUGUGUAUCUCAAAUUUCCAUCAGUCUCUUUAAAACAAGGAUAAAUGUAUGUAGAUAACAUCCAUUAUUAUAAUAGCCAUUAAAAUGAAAAGGAGGAAAAAAAUGUUUUACUUAUAAAGGAAGUGUUAUGAUAUUAAGCUGUUUGUGACAUUUGAGCAAUAAAUAAAAUGCAAAUGGCAGUUUUAGGAUAUAUUUUUUUUGGCUCUCGAGGUCUACUUUCCGAAGAUGAAGCUAAUUUGUGACAACUUAAUUCUGCUGAGUUGAACCUUAAAUAGUACUUCCAUAUGCAUAUUUACCCAGCUGAUAAAAGCUUUUAUUUUAUUUUUUAUACAAACAGUUGGAUCAAUAUCAAUUUCAUUAUCACAUAGCUGCAUGAAGAGGAAAAUUAUUCCAAAACUGCUGAACCUACCGAAAAAAUGGCAUCAGCUGGUUUGAACUCAAAAUAGCCUAGGACAAACUCCACUUAAACAGUAGGAAUCCCACGUCAGGAGUUAUCUUGGCCUAGAAAUUUACAAGAAUUCUUGAAAUUGCUUAAUCUUUCCCAUCUUGUCCCACCCACAUUUUGUGUUAAUUCUUGUCACGUAAAAGGUUUAAUAGUUUAUCUGCCUUCUGUCAGGUUUGCCAAAAGCAAUAUCUAAGUGUUAAUAAUGGUAGGACUUUUUUGUCACAAUUUUCUUUAAGUAAAUACGUGUCAUUUUAUUAUUGUGGGUAGUUAAAUAUGAUUGCUGCCAGUAUUGCUGAACCAGGAAGUGAAGCAAUUGCUCUCAGUAUCUGAACAAAACUUGAUUUUGUUAUGUUAAACAAGCUUUAUUUAGGAUAUGUUGUUCUUGAUAGUUUCAAGUUUAGCAUCACAAGAGCUAGAGUUCUUACAUUAAUACUGGUAGUCGCAACAACUACUCAGUGAAAUUGUCUGUUAAAUUAUAUGCAUCCAAGCUAGAUUAGCUUUUAGUUAUCUGCUAGGUGGCUUUUUAAGUACACAUGGUCAUGAAAUUUUUUUGCUUCCUUUUUUUCUGUGCGUUAUAAAUAAAUAUAAUAACAGUGUUGCUGCUGUUGCUAUUUGUUGAUAGAGUUCUCGAUAGAAUUUUAAUGAUCCUUGUGUCUUUCUCACUUUUUAAAGGCAGUUUUCCCAGAAAAUUUCUAGUUGAGUGUGAUGUUGCAAUCAUUUUAUAAUAAAAUAUUAUAUAUUUUUUAGUCUUGAUUAAUAUUGUAUCUAUUUAAGAUCCCACAGAAAGACCAGUCAAAGAUAGUUUUCUGUAGAAUUUAAAGGGGAAUUUUUCAGAAUGAGAAACAGUUUGGCUUUUACUUUAAGGAGAGUUGUUAAUGAAUUUUGGGAAUUGUUACAGAUUCAAAGCAUGACAUGAAUUGCAGGAGUUCAUGACUUUUGGCAGGAUUUUUCAGUAAAAUGCUAAAAUUAAAGCAUAUUUAAAUAUUGACUUUUAAUGUGAAAGUGCAUACAAUGUAAUUCAAAACUAGACCAUUUGCAAUAUACACAACUGAUGCAAAAAAAGUUUAGCUUUUCAAAAAGAUGAAAAUACUUUAACAAAGCCUGGCCUUUAAAUUCUCUUUAAUCCUCUUCAAUAAGAUGGUUAAUUUCUUGUUGCAGGUCGUGGAAAAAAAGUCAAAUUUUGUGGGUUUUUAGGGACAAAUUUGUGGAAAAAUAGGCCGAUUUCACGGGAAUUUCAUGGGAAAUUUCAGGGCAAACUUUGCCAUAAAGCAAUCAGUAAAAAAUGGCUGAUUUUGUGGUUAUUUUCAAGGUAAAUUUAGCUAGAAAUCGAUCGGUUUUGCCCUGAUUAGACCAGCGUUUUUAAUGUUUUUCUAACAGAGGUCAUCAUUUGCUCUUUCAACAACAAUACGCUCCAGAAAUGAACUAAUGGCAAAGCCUUUAACAUCUUGGCUAGUGCCCAGUUCUUCGCAACAUAAACUAUGCCUGGUAGUUUCAGGACGUUGUUUCCACAUUUCAUUGACGAAGUUUCAAGAUAAAUUUGCCAGUUUACAGCAAGUAUAUAACCCCAACAGCUUAAAUAAGUUUCGAAUAAUUAUAUUGUACAGACAUGUAUUUAAUAAGAUUUCUACCGAAUUUUGCGGUAUUUUGCGUGUUUUUGUGAAUUAAGCAGGAUUUACCUGAUUUUUUGGUUCCAUGACCUUGCGAAAUUUCAGAAGCACUGUUCUUGUAACUCUUAAUUAAGUGCCCAGAGCUACUGACAUCAAUCUUCUCCCAACAAUGAUAUUAUCCAUACAUCUUCAAGAGAAAAGUUUAAUGAGAAUUAACAAAAUGAUCACGAAAGGUAAAAUGCUUUGAUAUCUUAUCAAAUUCUCUCAAAACUAAUUUUUUAAGGAAAUGUAUAGAGAUCAGUAUGGAAACUUUGUAUGUGGAUCCUGGGGCUUGAAGGGUUAAUCCUGUUUUGGUCAUCAGUGUAGCGAAGUGUUGGAAUUGGUAGAGACUGUCAGGAACGCUUAUUAAGACAUACUUGGCAAAUCUCAAUACUUUCUUAUCCCUAACCUGCUGAUAUGCUUGGUAGAGACUGUCAGGAACUCUUAUGGUACUUGGCACAUUUCAAUGUUUUCUUAUCCCUAACCUGCAGGCAUGUUGGACUUGGUAGAAAUUGUCAAGAAUGCUUCUAUCAAUCGUACUUGGCACAUCUCAAUACUUUCUUAUAGUCAGAACUGUAGAGGAGUCAAGGUUCCCCUUGAUCAUAAAUUGCUCAGACAUUUUGUACAACUUUAUUGUGGAAAAAUAGAAGGGGAAUUGGUUUUAUUACUCAUGUUAUUACACUACUUCCAUUGUUAUCGUGGUUGCAUACAUGCAUGUACACUUGCUAUAUAAUUGCGGGGUUUGACAUUAGUGCCUGUGCUAUGUAAAUACAUAUGGCUUGUGUUCAAGUAAGCUGCAACAAUUCUGUGAAGUUUUUUUCUACCAGUAGUCCUGAUACUGACAAACAAAAACAACCCUUGCUGCUAAUUAGACUGUUUCGUAGCAUGAUUUCCUUGGGUGGUUUCCUUUUGAAAAUCUGUUGAUUUAUUUCCUGAAAUGAUUUUUUGAACAUCACAAUAAAGAGGAUGCAUAAACGACAAUAAGGAGGAUAUGAAUAAAAACCCUCCUAGCAGAUUUUAGAGAAAAAUGAAAAGAAAAUUGUUUAAAAUGGCAAGUUUAAUGGCCUCGGUGAAAGAGAGUCAAAAUGUACUUCCUGCAAACAACUAGGAAAUUUAACUACAUCAAUAGCACAGUUGGUUCAUUUCCUUUUUUUCAUUCUUUUUAACUAAAGGUGGGGAUGGGUUAAGGGGCGGGGGGGUAACCGAAGCAGGGCUGCACUUGAAACGAAAUGUCCCACUCUGCCACUCUGACACCAUCUUGGUCGGACAAAACAAAAGUUUGGUCGGACAUCACCAAGAAAAAUAGGUUGAACUUCAUAUCCUUAAAACUACUGAGCUAUUGCAUCCUCGCGAUCAGACCAAUACAAGGCUGUGCUGUAAGGAAACUUGAAGGAUUACAGUAAAAUUUCGCCAUGAAUGUAGGACCACCUUCAAGUCCUCCAUCUUGAAAUGAUGAGGCGUGGAGCCACUUUAAACUAUAAGGUGACUCUCGAAAAAUGUGAACAAAAAGGAACAUCUCUCUUCUUUUAAAAAUUAAAGCAUUAUGCUACCUUUGGUGUAAAACGGGGGGUUCACUAUGCUAAUGUAAAAGAAAAUUUCAUUGCCCAGGUCAAUGUUGCUUUGUGACUUUGAGAUCGUCCUAAAACACAAAGCAAGAUUUACUUAUGGUAGAUUUUUAUUCUUCCUUACCAUAAAAUGAUUUACAUGUUCCAAAAAAAUAUAUAUUCUUCCGGCAUAAUGCCCGAACACUGUUGGGAUAUCGUCGGUCACUGGCAAAUUUUGUCCGACUGUUAUUUGCAGCCCUGGGAACAGGGGGAGUAUUUAGUGAGUAAAAAUGUUGCUGGGUUAGUACAGCUGUACAAUCUGAACGUGUGUUGCCCAGAUGGCAAGUGUUCCAAAAAUUAAGUUUCCAACUGUAUUACUGUUGAAAAAAUAUUCAAAACCUUCCUAUGUUUUUUUUUCAGGUUUUGCAGCAUACAGGACCUCAUUUAUUAGAUGGAAAAACAGUAAGUUUGUGAUUUAUUAUUAUUAUUGUUGUUGGUAAACAUAAAUGUUGUUAGACUAAUAAUAUUAUUGCCCAACUCGGUAAAUCAUAUACUUACUGAAGUGCCAAUUCUUACCGAAAUGAAUCUCUAAAAGACAACUCCCAAUUGCAAAAUGCUGUAUCUAUGCUAGGCUCUGCAAAAACUGUUGUGCUUAACAUGGCGAGCCGCAAGUCUUAGCAACCAAAUUUGCCCUGCAAAAUUCUCUGAAUUCUCCGCAAGACACUUAUUGUUUUAUGCUAUUUCAGUAGCUGCCGUUGACAGUACAAAACCAUGCACUUACACUGGGUUCGAUUAACAAACUUGUUAAAAAACCAGAUGAAACUGGAUUUAUGUGUGAUUGUUGAAGCUUCGAUUUUUGAACGUUCAAAUUUGACAAGUGUUCGAUUUCCAAAUGCUUGGUUGUGUUUGAUUGGCAAAAGUUUUGGGUGAUUGUGAUUAUGUUUGAUAACCGAACCCAGUUGAGGUCAAUCGAAUGAUUGGAGUUCGAUUGAGUUCGAUUACCGAAUGUUUGACUGACUAGGCCAAAGUCAACAAGGUGGACAUACACCGUACCAUUUCUGAUUAGCAAGAACCAACUCCAGCCAUUUCUGGUUUGUUUAAGAAAUGUGUCUCCAUUAUAGAAGUGUCUGAAGCAAGUUAGGUACCUACACGUAGAAAACUUAACACUGUAUAUUCUUAUUGUUUUAGGUUGAUCCUAAGCCAGCAGCACCUAUAAACAAAGUAAGUUGUUUUGUUGUAUUUACCUGUAAAGAAUACAUUGCUUCAUUACCAGUGACACUUGUAGUUUUUUCGUUGGAUAAAUAAGAAAGUACUUGACUUUGUCUCAAAUUCUCCGACUUUCUUGAAAGGAGAGACUGUGUGUUAGUACAUGAAGUGUAUUAUCGUUUUAAAGUUGUACUACAUGAAGGGCAGUGUACUGCUGACCAUAAACCUGAGCCUGCAAUAGAGCUUUGGUGUGAAUAACAAUUUCCAAUUAACUAAUGAUGGGUAAGGCUAAAACAAGCAUCUCAGAGGAGAGAUUAGUCUGAGAAAAAGCCAGCCUCUUUUUCAGUGAUUUGUAGGUGAGACAAAGUGCUCCAGAAAAAAUAUAUAUGAAAGCUUGGAUUAUCUUUUAGCUGGUAUGGAGUGCUUAUUGUAAUUUGGUUUUUCUCUCUGAAGCAGAUUGUUGUAAUAAUUACAGUGUUCACUUAUGUUGUCUUCCUAUGUUUCAGCCACCUCAUUUAAGAGUAAAGAAAAUAUUUGUGGGAGGUCUUAAACCAGAAACUUCAGACCAGCAAAUUAGAGAAUACUUUGGCUCAAAAUAUGCACCGGUAGGUUUUGAUAAUAGUAAGCAAUUUUGUGGUCAUUAUUUAUCAUCGGAUAAUAAGUACUAGUGAUCCAGGGGGUGCAGAUUCACUUGGUGGUUCCAGGGUUCUCCUUAAGUGCUGGCAGCUAGCAAUAUAAUAGGCUAUUUGAAGGUUUGAGUCAUCUACUUUUUGGGGAAAUAGGGAGAAGAGAGAGAGUAAAAGACUGAAAUUGCCCACAGCACCCAAUUUCCAAGCCGAUUACUUUUACAUCCUAGCUGUACACUUUAAAACUUAAAGACAAUCCUGUGGUUCUUUAUUUUUGUCUUCCUAUAAUUUUCUAAUCUUAAUCAAUUUGGAAUUUGAUAAUGUUGGUUUUACUUCGGAGGACAGCUGGGGAAAACUGGAUUAAAUGAAGAAUACUUCUCAGGGCAUGGAGAAGAACCAGCCACAAACUUAAUGCUCCAUGGCUUAUAAAAAUUUAUUCAAACAAGUCUUCAACUAGGGCAAAUAUUAUUGUGCUUCUACACUUAUGUGUAUUCUUGCUAAAGCACAGCCUCGGGGUGGUGGGGUUGGAGUAAAUCAUUAUCAGCAAAGGCUGCACAAAAAUGAUUACAUGCAGGAAUUAUCCUGGAUAAUUGCACGUUACCUCCAAGUAUAAAUCGUGUUAUGGUUAUUUACAGUUAUGUGAGCAUGCUACAUUGUACAUGUACUUUAUUAUUACAGUUUGUAUUGUUUGUUUGUGUGUGUUUUUUCUACAACCUAAUUUUUUAUUCCUUUUGCACUUUAUCCAGGUGAAAGAUAUAGAAUAUGUCCAGGAGCACUCAACAAACAAAAGAAGAGGUUAUUAUAACCUACUGCCUUGACAAUAAUGACAAUAAUGUUAUAGUUCACCCUGAUGAAUAGUGUAUUUAUCAGAUUAUGUUUUUCUAGUCAAAAGAACUUUUGCAAAAAAGGGGUAAUUGUGGCCAGCGGUAUGCUGCAUAACAUGAAGGUGAAGUGUGACCUGUUGCAUCAGUAAAACUAGCAUGGCCCUUUCGUCAAAAAAAUAUUAUUUUUCUUGAUGCAAGAAUUGUAAAGUCAUACUUCAUUUUGUCUUCUACUUUAGUCAUCUUUGUGCUAUACGACCUAAAGGCAAAGUGUCGCUUAAUGUGUCAGUUGAAUAAGUGUCACCUUGUGUGUUGAACAUUUUUCUUCCAUGCAAGAAAUCACGCUGUAGUUUCUUUGACAAAACAGGUUUUGUUUCAUACUUGUGUAUGACAUACAGUGAGCAAGCUCAUAAAAUCGCAAGUGGACAACAGAUAUAAAUAACAAAAAAAUGUAAACACGUACUCUCUCUAGAAAGCUGUUAAUUUUAUGUUUUUAUGUUUUAUGGGUUUUUUUAUGUUUUUGUGUUACUGAGCCUUGAGUAUGAUCUGUAUAGUUUCUUUUCACAGUUGUUUUCUGUAACAUUAGUGUCCAAUGUAGAAUGGCUGAUAAAAAAGAGUUCAACUUUCUUGCAGGGUUCUGUUUUGUUUCCUUUGACUCUGAAGACACUGUAGAUAAGAUUUGUGACUUACAAUUCCAUCAUAUUGAUGGCAACAAGGUAAGGAAUUCAACAUCACCCAAGUUUUUUUGUUAUAAUCUGUGAAGGGGUGGGGUGGGGUUGGAGGCAGCCUUCAGUAAGAGAUGUAAAAAUAGUGUCUUCAAUUAGCAGUCCAGCCCAUCUGAUAGGGUGCGAUAAAAAAUCGGAAAUUGGGCAAUAUUUUCAGGGUAGAUUGUGCGAUAAGAUAGGACUAUGAUGCGAUAAAUUAUGCAAUUUUUUCAGGGCUAAUUAACAUUGUUUCACCAGGAUUCAAAGGAGAAAAAUCACUUUAAUGUUGUUUAACAGGCAAUUUGAAUGUAAACGAAUGAUAAAACAUCUGUUUUAAAACAAAAUAGUUAAAUUUGUCUAAUUAUCUUGACCCGGAAAGGAAAACAAAUAGAAAGGAAUAAAAAGGACACUUGUUUAAUAUUACAUGACGCCGUUACACUGCUAACCACACUGCUUGUCUUUGAAAUCAAAAUGGCUGCCCAGUUACCAUCAUCGAAGGUUUCAGAUGUCUUGCAAGGCUUUCUUUAGUGGUAAAUCACCUUAAAUAACAUUACGAUUUGGAAAAUGUUUGAUUAGAGUUAGAAUUUAUUGUUUACUUUUCCUGAAUUUAGCAUUCUUUUUAUGAAUUAUGCGAUUUUCCUCAAAUUGUGUGAUCAGAUGCGAUUUAAGGUCAAUUGUGCAAAAUCGCACCAUUGUGUAAUAUCAGAUGUCUUGUUAGCACUGCUUUAGUGCUUAACACAUUGACACAAAUAAAGUGCAUUUCUUGCAGGUUGAAGUUAAAAGAGCUCUUCCCAAGGAGGUACAGCAACAACAGGCAGCGCUGAGAGCUGCUGUAGCAGGAAGAGGCAUGCUCCCAGCUGCUAUUGGUGAGCUGACCAUAAUAUUCAUCAUGCAUGCGCUGACAGAAUUUAAAAAACUGUUUAUGCAAUUCUUCAGUAGAAGUGCAAAUACAAUAAUAUUACCUUUUUUCUUUGAAAUGAUUGAGCAGCCGCUACAGCUUUUGGAGUGGUACCUGGAAGAGGAAGAGCAGCCACAACAAGUUUAACAAGAGGUAAAUGCACUCGACUGUACUGCAGUACAGUAAAAACAGUCUUAAGACCCUAUUAUAAUAAUUAAAUUUUAUUGUCAUAUUUCUCAGCUGCUCCCUUAGUGCUUUGUUGUACGAGUUUCUACUCGGGCCUUCCUGGAGUGGAGUGGCUUGGUGUUUAGGGUGCCAGACUUGUAGUUCAAAGGAGUUCAAGUCCUGCCUUAAUCACCAGCUGGAUAAAAGGUCUCGCUAGUCCAGAGGUCAAAUCCUUGUUCACCUCCCACAAGUUGGGAUUUUAAACCUUGUUAAGAUCCAUUUAAAUUAUUUGUUUCAUUAUCCUUAAAUAGCCCUGUGCAAACCGGCACAACAUUGUUGGCCAACAACUUCCAACAUUUUUGGAUGUUACAUGUUGUGUCCAUUUGCGCACACUGUUGCAUGUUAUUGUGUGUUGUUAGGAGUUGUUGUGCAAAGUUUGAAAUCGCUCAAAUGCUUAGCAAUGUGCACACGGAUGUGACCAUUCCCAACGUUGCUGGGCCUCCCAACAAUGUUGGGAGUUGUUGCGUCGUUUGCACAUAGCUUUAGGGUGUAUUUUUUUGCAAGAAAUUUUGCAUUUUGUGCAAGCCUGAAGUUAGGUCUAGCUGAAAAUAUUUAUUAUAACUCUUCUUACGCUGUCUGUUUAUGGUGGUACAUUUGAGGGGUUCAAUAAUCCCACCCUAUUUACUCUUUUUUAGAAGUUUCCUUCUCCCUCCUCCCAUAUUUCCAAAAUCUCUGCUGUAAUUUAAUGUAAGAUCUUGGUUAGCCUGUUCCAUGCAUUCAGAUAGUGGAGUGGGGUGUAAAGCGAAAAGAGUGAGGGAUGGAUUAGGGGCAAGAGCAAAGAAACGCCUGCAGUACUUUUUAACAAGGGCUUUUUCUGGUGUGCCAGAUACUGUUAUACCCUGUGAUUGGUUCAUUUUUUGGUUUAUUGCCUUGCUGCCUACUUUUUAAAAUUAAUGCAAUUCAGCAAACAGUGCAGUCUGUCACCCGUUGCUUGAUUGACAGCUUUGAAGACCCGUUCACCUACAGCUGUGUAAAGGUGGGAUUUAACUAGCCAACAAAGUGGGCAGAAUGACCUUUUGAAAACUAAUCCUAGAUGUUCCCUCCAUGCUCCUUUUCCCUCUAAUUCUCCACUAUCUAAACGCCUGGCCUGGCUAGAUCUUGAUUGUAAAAGUCUUUCACACUGGUUCUCGACAGGAGCCGGAGCAGCCGGGCUGAGCCUCACCUACAACCCAACGUACGCUGCAGCCCUUUAUGGCGCAGCAUUUGGCGCCGCAUCAGGAGCUUAUGACCCAGCUUUGUAUCCAACAGCCUAUGCUGGUCUGCCUGGUUACCCAGGCUACUCCCCAGGGACAUUUGCUGCCGCAGCCUCUGAGUAUCCCGGUGGAGGAUAUCCAUACCCCUAUGGUGCUGCUGGCAGAGAUAUUCGCUAUCAAGGUAUGCCAGGAUUGCAGAGUAAGGAAGUUCUGAAUGCAUAGUGAGGGCAAAAGAAUACGACAGACUUUCUGUUUCAUGGUCAUUGCCUUCAUUAUUGCUUUGGAUAAUUAUUGAUUGAUUGGAAAGAAGAACUUAAGAAUAUUUUCUGAGAGUUUUUAACGAAGAAAGAACAUACAUUUUAUUUGAAUGAGUACAUGUAUUUUUUAAUUCGUGCUGUGACGCUCUUGAAGGAGUCGAUCAAGAAGAAGAAUUGAAAAUCUUUAUACGAAAACAGCAUACUUGGUCCACCAUCAUUUCUUUCAAUUAUUUCUGCAUGUAUUUAUACGAGAAAAAAAGACAGAAGAAGAUUAUAUUUUUUGAGGUUUAAUUAUUAAAUAUUAUUCUCUCUGGGACAUGCUUCUGGAUAGUAACUUGAUUGAUUUACUGUUGGUCAAAAUGAAAACAUUCGAAUCAGGAAUUUUUUGCGAAAUAUUAUUGUCAUAAAUAAAUGAUUAAUGGAUUUUUCUUGUUGUUCCUUGAAAAAGCACCAAAAUCUCGUGAGAAUCACAAGGGCUCUUUACUGAUUACAAUGGUUUAUUCUUUCAUGUCUCCAUCCAAGAAAUGUCCCAGAAAAUUACAAAUUGUACUUUUACAUAAACAACACAGUCAAGCAAACAGCGCAAAGCUGCUGUCACAAUGGUUGAACCUCAUAGAAAGUAGCACUUUCAACAAAGACAAGUUAUAUUUUAUAGAAAGUGGAUUAGGAUAUGAUUGUUCACAGCAAUAUUUUGAUUUGUAUCAAAUGCAGCACGAUUUCGUAGCUUGUUAUUGUAGUUAUAAUAAUGUCCACGUUAGAGAUGUAGGUUCCGUAUAUUUGAAGAUUAUCAUAUUAUCAGUCAGGUUUAUUUGUGAUUUUCAUGAAUCAUUUUCUGCCUUUUAUGCAUUGGUUUUGGUUGAUAAUGCUCUGGUCAUAAUAUUAUUGUCUGGUAGCUAGGAUGGUAUGAUAACCUCUUAAGCCCCAAUGUCAUCAUACAUUAUUCUCAUCAAUAUUCUAUCAAUAGCUGAAAGAAAAUGUUUAUGUGUUAAAUGUCAUCAUAUAUGGGUUAUUGUUGCCCGCACAAUGAUAAUUUAUUAUAGUGCUCACUAAAUCAGGACGAUAAAAUCCACACUCGGUAGAUUGAAAGGCCAGGAAGUCAGUUUUGAAGCACGGUUUGGCCUGGAAACUCUUAUCAGAGUAAUAAGGACGCCAUAAAUUGAAUCCAUUUGUUUCGGUCUAUCCAAUCUAAAGCUAUCUUGGCCUUUUAUAAUGGGCCCUGUGAGUAGACUGCAAGUUUUCCCUUAUUUUUCUCAUGUCAUUAAACUUGUCUUCUGCGAGGAGUUGCAAAGUGCCUUCUUCAAAUUCAUUCAGUGUCCUUGUGAGAAUGUCUUUUCCUCACUCGCAUGAAUUUGCUCGCUCUGCCUUCUCUGAAAUUUAUAAAUAAAAGUCCUGAACACUACCUGUACUUUUAAACCAAAAGCGAUAACUGUUAUUGCAAGUAUGAUAUUCAGUCAAUUAGCCAGAACAUAUUGUUGUUUCUUUAGUGUUUUGACAAGGUCACCCAGCGGCUUCUGUAAGAUUCACAUGCAGGUGACAUGAAGAGAGAAUUUGUAUUUUGAUUGUUGGGGCUUUGUGGUUAUAAGCAUGAUGUAAUCAAAGUUAAGAGCAAGUUACCAUGUUAUAAAACUAACCUCAACCGUUACAGUUUUGUAGAGCAUGAUUCCUGCCUGUUGAACAAAUCAAGUUUAGAGCAUUAUGUAAAAAACUGCUCUCAAGGGUAACUCUUUUCCUCCCAACUUCAGUUAUAAAUUUUUGCCAGGCCGGCAGUACAGUGCUUUAGCAGCAACCAUGCCCAGUGGCUCGUACCGGCAGCUAACCCUUUUGCCACAGGCGACAAAAACAUCAUAGCUCCCGCACAAAACUUAUAAUAACUUGAUGCUGGUUGAAUGUCGUAGGCAUAGAGAUUUUGGUGCCCUCGCCAGUUUUCCUGAAACCCCGGCCGAUUUAUAACUCGACAUUUUGAACUUUUGAUAAGUCUCAAAUCUUGUUAAUUGUGUGUAUUCAAACGACAAUUAAACCCUGUCAAAUGAUAACAUCAUUGGAUAAUUUUGUAUUAUUAUUAUUGUUACCGAAUGAAAUUUAGGGUUUCUUAACCUCUGUGAGUUAAAUAGUUCACUCUUGAGGGCAGGUUUUGGUAGAAAUUAAUGAGGUCAGCUGUGUUCUCAACACUGGAUUGACAUGCUACAAGAUUUCACAACUUCUGGAUUUGCUGUGGUUUGAUUGAAGCACCUGUACCAUCGAUAAGCUGACCGUUAUCUUAGCUGUUUAUUAAUACGCACAAAGGGCACAAGUUCUCACCCUGCGAGCACAGUUUCCUUUUCGUCUUCUUGGUCAAGGAGAAGAAAAGGAGGUUUUGCCUGAAUAUCGCAUCAAACCUUUCGAGGUCGCUGCAGCCCAAACUUUUUGACUAUUCAAUCUUGUUUUCUCUCGUCAAACUGUUUUUUUUUUUUUCUUGAAGUGCGCGCAUUUGUUUAUUGAUAAACCAAUGGUCAUAACCGAGCCUGCUGUAGCGGAAGCCGCUCGUUUCGAUACAAACUCAAGCUGUGAAAAUGUACAAAAAUUUUGGUCACUUUAAGUAUAUUUUGCGAGUGAACAAGAAUACAUUUUAGGUGAAUAUCUUCGUUCUUUAAGCCCAGUACGUGGAACUACAUGUAUUUACACCUCGAAUGAAUAAACUUGUAUAGGAACAACUUUGUAACGAAACGAUCGGUAACCGCUGUAGCAAGCGUACAGGUAUUAGGCUGCUGGGUUCAAAACUAUAUCCUAGCAACAUGCCGCUUGAGUUCGCCAAAAUCGAGCAAGAAAAAGAAAGACUCUGCUGCCAGGGUGACAAGCUUGUUAACUGAAGGUGAAAUUUUUAGAAAGCAGCAGUAGCAGCAGCAGCUCUGAAUGUUGUUGUAAAUUAAUUAUACACAGCCAAACAAGACCCCAAGUUGCCGAGGGUUGAAAGGUAGCCUCUGGCGGGCCAGACUGGCCAGACUAACGUCAGCUGGGCAUUAACGCGGAAGACAAGUGUGACCAAGAUGCUGGUGUUAUUCUUGCGUGCGUGACGAAAUUGAACAGGAGGGAUCAACACAGUGCCGCUUAAGAUGUUUGAGUAGUUGCAAAUUUAGUUAGAGCACAUCAGGUCGUCUAAAGUCCAAAGCAUUUCCUUUGCCCCGUGUAAGGUAAUCAAAGACAGUCUUGGAUUCUCGAUUCCAUGCCUUCCGGACUCCAGCUACUGGAUUCCGGAUUGCCUACCAGUGAAUCUUGGAUUUCGGAUUCCAAUUGUUAGCUGGAUUCCGGAUUCAUUGAACUGGGUUCCAGAUUCCAAAGCCCAGGAUUUCAAAUUCCACAAGUACAAAUUUCCCGGAUUUCAGAUUCCGAAUUGCCGUACAGUGGGCGAUUUUCAUGCACUGAACUGAAACAAGAAUGAAAGAGUUUGUGGCAACCUCUGUCAGCAGCCUUUUACUUUCUUCUCUGUGUACAGUACAUUUUUUUUUUCUCUUGACAAGCCAUUGACACAGUUUAUUCACGGUUUACAACCAUCAGAUUCCACCUUGUUUCGUGACUUGUGCUUCACUUAAAACUGCAAAUCCAGAGGUUGUGAAACAAAAUGCGAUGCCGUCAACAUUAAAAUAAUGGUAAACUGCCAGCUGUUAGUAUAACUCAAGUUGUUUCACAUCAUGUGGUCCACCAAGAAUUGAAAAUGUCAGUUAUCCAUUCGUUGUGUACAUAGACUGCACGUCAGCAUUCGUUGAUCAACUCAGGCUCUUGGAACUAGAAUCCUUCUAUUGCCAACACCGAGCAACAUUGCAACUCUCAUUCAUGGUUCUGGUACAUAAUUAUCAUAAUUAUCAAAACUCAGGAGAACUCUGAUAACCGCUUAGGUCUCAGAAUGCUUAAUUAUGAUAAGGAGCAUUUUAAAUCAAGAAGUUGUCAUGUUGAAAGCUUAAUCGUAGGGACCCAACAAUAGACAAUGGUAGAAUAUAAAACAGAGAAGGAAACUUUCUGAGUUCUGAAUAGAAUUAGAACUUGUGUUUAACAGAUGAAAACCCCGAUCUUUGCGUUCAGAAGACGUUUCAUAGGUUUUUGUAGAGUGACUUUCGGAGUGCCGUACUCAGUUGUACAUCUCCGUGAGUUUUGCAAGUUACAUGUCAGACAUUGUAGUACUGGAUUUCAUGAGCAGCAUUAUUGACUUUUGUUGGAAAUGGAAGGAUGGCUAGAAAGAGGGCAUUAUCUAUCGUAUAUAACAAAUCUUGCAAAGCAAGAGAAAGUUCUGUGCUGAGUCGCGCACAGUUUUCUUAUUUGUAUUUUUGAAGAUGUUCAAAUUUAUUAGACAGUGUACAUUUUUUGUCUUUUGUGUUCAUAUAGAUGUUUAUGAUACGUUUUUUUUCCUUUCCAAUUAUAUCUUGUAUAUUGAGUUUUGCGAAAGAUCGAAAGGUGUUAAGAGAUUUUGAGAAUUUGAUACAGAAAACAAAAGCUAUUGAAAAUUCGGAAGAUAUUUUUGAACAUACGUUAAGGAAAGCUUAGACGCAUGGCCUUCUUACGACUCGUGGUGCAACAGCUAUUUUUCAUUGCACCGAGUAUUUUUCUGUGAAGUUUCUCGUGUUUAAGCUUAUUUAGUUCACUGGAUAUCUUUGUGGUUGUUUUUGUUCCAGCAAUACUUUGCGAACCUUUUCUCUACGUCCGACGAAAUCACAAAGGCUGUUUGAGAAAUUAAGAACAGGAUGGGUAAUUAGAUACUGUAUGUACUCCAAUAAGCGCCGCGGCUUUUAUUUGAGGGCGGCGUUUAUCGAACUACGAUAUUUUUUAUUGUGAUUUUAUCAGGACUGCGGCGCUUAUUCAAGUAAAUACGGUAUACCAACUGGUUUACUCACUAAAUUCUUGUAAUUUCCUUUCUCUGCUCUGUCGUCACAACGUAGUUGCUCAACGUGUUUUCGUUACUCAAAGCAUUGCUGGGAACUUUGACAGUGCACUAUUUUAGUGCAUGAAAAAGGCAGCUAUAUAAGAAUAACAACAGACAAAAAUGAGCUCUGUUUGACGUCGCCUAAAUCGAAUGAGUCUUUAGAUGGCCUGAAGAAAGAGUAGAACAGGCAGAAGGGGGGAGGGGGAGGGUGGUUAGAUGUAAGAAGUAAAAAGAAAACCAAAGUUGUGGGUUUCUUGUCUGACUGAAACACUUUACUUGUAGAAGGACAUUUUUUAGUUAACAAUAGUUAACUGUGUCAUAAUUUAACCAGUCAUAUAAGGUGUUGGGAAUUUUCCAAGAAAAGGAUAACUCCUUUUUAUAAUUUCUGUUUCAAAAUGAUCAUUAUUAAAUGAAGGUAACAUAUUGACCAUAUGAAAGGUGAUUAAGGUUUCAUCGCCGAAAUGCUUUACGCCCAUAGGGUAUUAAUGAAAUUGAUAAUCAGAAUCAGAAACUGAAACAGAACUCUGUUUAGUGUUCAUCUACUCUGGCAUUUGCUCAGUAGAACACGUUACUUAGAAUGAUUUAACGCGAUUAAACAUAAAUCAUAAGGAAAACUCGUUCUCUGCCCAGAAUAAUUUAGUUUAGUUUACUUGUAAUGGUUAACAUACUUAAAGCCACACUGCUUACUUUUAUAUUGCUUCUCUCAAAUAUGGUAUAAUUGUUAAUUUAGCGCAACGUCCUACGUUGGAGAGGGCAACUCGAAGAAUCUUAAAUAAUUGAUAGCUUAGUUUCUUAGUGGUUGGGUAGUGUUAGAGUGCCACGGCGCUUUUAAUCUCCAGCUUUGAUUUGAUGUUAUUAGCAUUUGAUGUAAGCUAUUGACAAACAUAAUGUGUUAGUGAAUCAGGUAAUUGCAUUAUAAAUUUAAGUUGAUUAGUUGUUGUACACAUAAAUUCCAAGGGUAAUUUUAAUAAGUAUGAAUUUGCGCAAAUAUUGUUCUAGUCUCGAUUAUUUGUAAGCUGUAGCUAUUUUGAGGGGAGUGUCUUGGAGAGAGACUUGUCAUUAAAUGUAAAUGUAGUUUAAACGUAGGUUUAAGGCCCUAGCUAUUUAUUGUAACAGUUACAGCCCUUGUUAGUGUUGCUGCGUCAUACUAGGGCAGCGGGUUCUACUAAGUCGCUGACCCUUGAUCACGUGACAGAUGCAAGUGAUUUCAUUGGCUCCUCAAUCCUCCAGCAGAGAAGGAGCGUGGUGACCAGAGAUGACGAUGGUGGCUCC